UUAAAUCUUGUUUUAAGUGAAGGUUAUACAUGACAGACAUACGAUUAUUGUGCUUCAGCCUGCAACUCUUGAGAACCGCCUACUGUUGUCAAAACAUCAUUUAUUCUUGACAUUAUGCCCUUAGAUUGCUGUUCUGAUACAAGGUUAAGUUAAAGAUGAAAAAACUAUUUACAAAGAACGACUCUUCAGCACAGCAAUAUGUAGGAAAACUGUUCACUGUAGGAAGAUUCAGUGUAACAGUUGAAGAUGUGAUAGCAGAGGGAGGAUUUGCUAUAGUCUUCUUGGUCAAAGCUCAGAAUGGAAACCAAUAUGCACUGAAAAGAUUGUUUGUCAACAAUGAGCAUGACUUGUCAGUGUGUAAGAGAGAAAUUCAUAUAACGAGAACUUUGACUGGACACAAGAAUAUAAUUCGAUAUGUAGACUCCAGUAUAAAUUUGACUCCUAACCGAGUCUAUGAAGUGAUGAUAUUAAUGCAGUAUUGUAGAUCCAAUGUGAUACAGUUAAUGAAUGACAGACUGACUGUAGGUUUUACAGAGAAAGAAGUGCUACGUAUUUUCUGUGAUACUUGUGAAGCUGUUGCCAGACUUCAUCAUUGCCAAACACCAAUAAUCCACAGAGAUUUAAAGGUUGAGAAUAUAUUAUUAUCAGAUAGUCACCUUUAUGUAUUAUGUGAUUUUGGAAGUUCUACUGCCAGAGUUCUAGAUCCUAGUCAAAUAAAUGUGUCACAGAUUGAAGAGGAAAUUCAAAAGUACACAACAGUAUCAUAUAGGGCACCAGAAAUGAUAGAUCUUUAUAAUGGUAAACCUAUAACAACAAAGUCAGAUAUUUGGGCAUUAGGAUGUUUUCUAUAUAAGCUAUGUUUCUUUAGCUUGCCAUUUGGAGAAAGUACUUUAGCUAUUCAAUCGGGUAACUUCACCAUUCCAGAUGAAUGUAAAUAUUCAAAUAGACUGUUAUCUUUAAUAGGGUAUAUGUUAGAAGUUGAUCCUGAAAAGAGACCUGAUAUAUUUCAAGUUUCUAAUUUAGCAUUUAAAUUAAUUGGAGGAGAGACUCCUGUUCCUAACAUGAAUAAUUUAGAAAUACCAGAUUUUUCUAGAAUACCAGUUCCUAUGACAGAAACUGAAGCCAGACAAAUCAAAACUUCCUCAGUCAAAAGUGUGAUAGCUCCUUCAAUAGAAAGUACAACAGUGACACCAAGGUCAAGGCCUAAAGGUCAGGCAGUACCAGCACCUCUUGGGUUACCAACAUCUAUAGCUCCAAGGAAACGUCCUACAGCUCAAGAUCCGCCCCCUGUUCAACAACCAAGUCAACAACAGGCUAUGUUACAAAAACAGGCACAGCAGCAUCAACAAGCUCUUCAGCAACAAGCUUUGCAACAAAAAGCGUUACAGCAACAAGCCUUACAACAACAACAGGCACAUCAACAACAACAGGCUCUUCAACAACAGCAGGCUUUAAAACAACAGGCCAUGUUACAACAACAGGCCUAUCAACAACAGAUGUAUCAACAACAAAGUACUGCUUAUACACAACAAAUGAAUAUGCAACAAAAUCAAUAUAUGCAACAACAACAACAGCCAUAUUUGAAUGCUCCUCAAAUGCCAAUGUCAAGGUCAUUCCAUGGACAAUCUACUCCUAGUCAACCAAUUGUUAAUAGCAAUAGUAUGGACAAUAUGUAUUCAAAGGCUUAUGUGAUAAAAGAUGAUAGUGGGGACUUUAAAAAGCCUCCUGUUCCUCCGAAACCAAAACCAACCAAGGAUAAUUAUGGGUCUGAUGAUCAGCCAUUGAUAUCCAUUACACCUCCUCCCUCUCCUUCGAGACAGACAAAAUCACAUCGACGUUAUGUCAGCGAUACAUCAGCGCUCCAUAUGGGUGGAAAAGGAAGUGCUUUCAGAGCUUAUCAUGCCACAUCGAAUCUUCUCAAUGCUCCUUCCUCUCAAACCAAGUCUAAAUCAGCUACUACAACUCCUACUCAUUCACCUCCUAGGUCCCCCAACUUGACAAGAGCAUUAUCUGCAGAUGUAGCUGAUUGGAAUCCUUUCGAUGAUAAUUUUGGUCCUGAUACAGAGGAGGAAAUAUUUGGGAAAGAAUUUGAUAAAUUACGUAGAGGAUCUAAUAGUAGUAUAUCCAAUGUGAAGAGUAGAGAAGAUUUAGUGAUGUCUGGCUCUGACUCGUCAGAUCCAUUUACUAAUGUCCCUUUUAAAAAACCUGGUGAGAAAGGUCCUGACAGGAAGCAGCAUGGUCGUAGAAGCAAUAACAGCUCAAAUUCUGAUUAUGGAGAUGAAGAUGAUGAUGAUGUGCAAGACAAUAUAAAGAAACAAGAUAAUGUAAAGAAACAAGAGAAAUUUAACCAAGAAUCAGAGUCACAAAACUUCUUUGGUGCAUCAUCUUCAUUGGUUAAAGCAGCUUUAAGUAGGUCAUCAAAAUAUCAGCAGUUAGUAGAUACAGAUGAGGAGAAAGACAAGAAACCUCAAGUUACUGAAUCUCGUGUCAAGUUAGAUUCUAGUUCAUCUUAUGCCGAGGAUGAUCACCCUGGUGGACAAGGUGAAGGUAAAACGGCAGACUUCCGCUAUCAAGAACUUGAUGAUGAGUAUGGUAGCCGUCCUGUGACUAUAAAAUCUAAUCAGGAAACCGUAAAUCGUAAACCGCCAAGUAGGAAAGAGUCUGACACUACUGUAAAUGCAACGUCAUCUGACCCAAUAGUAGGUCAUGAAUAUGGAGUACGACCUUUACUUGAUGACGAUGAACUUGAGGAUGAUGAACAUGGAGGUAAUCACCAAGACAACCAGGAUAUACGAGACAAUAGUACUCCUAGUAGUAGUACAGUGUCACCACUAGCAGGAGGAUUAAGUCCUGCCCUUUCACCUACAGUUGAUCCAUUUGUUUCUGCACCAUUCCGACGUAAACCAUCCAGGAAAAAACGACCAAGUAGUACUGUUCAGAAUAGACCUCACAAACCUGCUCCUGAAACAACAGAUAUCUUCUCCAAAGCUCCUUUUAAACCAACAUUUUUACCCAAAACACAACACUCUAUUGGAAGUCCUCUCUUAGAUUCUAACAAUGCUAGUCCUGAUAUUGAAGAUCCAUUUGACAAGGCACCGUUUAGCCCCAAAACUGUAUCUGGAACAAAUACUAAACAUUUAGUGUCUUCAGUGAUGACAACCACAUCUCCAAUAGAACAAACGUUUAUUUACAGCAAUCCUGUAACACAGGCAUCACCAGAACAGAACUUUAUGUAUGUCAAGGAACCUCCAGUGAAAACUGAUGUCAACUUUGUUCCAUUCACUUCAUCAGUGCCAUUGUCAAGUACUUUUACAAAAUCUGACAUCUUUGGUUCAGUACCAUUUCAAUCAAUGAUGAGCAAACCUUCCACAGCGAAAGAGGAUAAUAAAAAACAGUCCAAAUCUGGCAAUUAUACCAGUACGCCUGCCAAACCUAAUAAAUCCAAAUCUCAAAAUUAUCAGCCUCUUUCUGAUGAUGAGUGUGAUUCAGACAAUCAAAUAGAGACUGCGUAUCUACGUAAAUGUCAAGAUCAGCAAGCUUCAUUGAUUGUAAAUGUUGACAGUGAGAAAGAGGAUGAUGAUUACGACGAUGAAGAUUGUGAAUUAAAUUCCAGUACAAAUUCAAAACAUUCCAGAUCAAAGGUUAAAGGUCGUUCAAGUCCAAGGGAAACAGUUGGAUUUUCUAACAUGAGUUUUAAUGAUGACGAUGAUGAAGGUCACUCCCAGCAUUCCAUUGAACAAUCGUCAAACUCACUGCAUGUUUCCAGUAUACGACAUCCUGCAUUUACUAAAGAACCAAAAUAUACUGUCGCUAUAGCAUCUUCAGAAGCUCUGAAAGUAAAUAGCUCUGGUAGUUAUGAUACAUUUACAUGGCCAAGGAAACAUAAAAAGUCCAUGGCAACUAAUGAACCUUUCAGUUCAAAAAAGAAAAUUGAUAUAUUAUCAAAAUGAUACUGUUGUAAUGUUAGUUAAGAGUUGAAUGUUAUAAGAACAUUUAAUAAUAAAAAGUCAUUACCAGCGUAGGCAAUUUAAAUUAUAGUUUAUUAUAAAAAAAAAAAAAUCAAAAUUCGGAGCUUUAUUAUGGGCAAGUUUUUUUCAAUAUUUAGAUAAAAUCUAACAUAGUUUUUUAGUUUAAAGUUAAACCUAAACAAUUUGUGAAGAAUCUUGGUAGAUUUUAGUUUAGCUAUUCUAAACAGCAUUAUUAAUUCAAAUUGAUUUUGGUCUGUCGGAUAUCUUUUUGUGACACCAAAUACCGGUAGUAUAAGAUUAAAGCAAAUUUAUCUUAAAAAAAUAUGGCAAUGUUUCUUUUACAAGAAUGCAUACAUUUGAAUACUGGUAUUAGACCUGUGACAUCUUGGAUAAAUGUAAUUACUCUAUUUAUUAACCUUAAUGAGAAUUUUUUUGUUUAAAUGAAAAUUGUUUUUGAAGAUUUCACCUACAUAAAAUUGUAUAUACAAAUAUUUUUUUCCUCCAUGCUUAUAUUUUCAUAGACCACAGUAUGCUCCUUUCAUUAUAUCAGAUCCUUAUUACCGGUAAGACAUUGAUCUCUUUCCCUUUUAAUAAUUUGAGUAAUAUCUUAUUCAGAUAAAUGAGUAUCGUAUAUAUUAAGUUGUAUAGUUUACCUAUUAUGCCUAUGGAAAGAUUUAAAAUAUUUUACUAGAAGUGUUAAUUUUGAAUAUUUUGAGAUGUUGAAAGUUUUUGGAAAUAACCCAGAUUUAAAAUAGUAACUGUCAAUUUUGAAUAUGUACAAACAGAGUAAAAUGCAUUUGAUAUUUUAUUUAUUUAUUUUGCAUCUGUUUGUGCUUUGCAGUCAAUAGCAUUAUGAUAUUACUUAAAAUAUUUUGUGGCAUUCAAUUAUUCAUUUUUGAUAGACGCAGUAUGUUUGCAAAUGUGUUUUUUUUUACUGUUUUCAUAAUACUAUGACAGUACUGUUAUUAUUUAUAAAGUUUACUAAGGGUAUAUAUUGUUUAUAUUUUAAGGUUAAACCGUUUUAAGGUCAUCUGAGCUUUUGCCAUCAAACUGGGUGUGCCUGUCAUUACCAGCUGUUUUCUUUUCUUUUGAUUUUCAUUCAUGUUGAUCAAACAACAUGGCCACUGUGGCUUAAAAUAGAAAAUAGGGGUCCAACUGGUUAAUAUCUUUAAAAGUAUAUCAAUUUGAUAAAUACUAGUGGUAAAAUUGUCUAAACAAAAAGUUAAAUCUACCCUGGAAUUGAAGAAAAAUGUCAACCUGUUCUGGAGUUAUUGCCCCUUGCAUUUCUUUUUUUUUUUUUUUUUUGCUUUCAUAAAUUAAACAUACAUCUUUUGUUGAAUGGCAUUGCUAGAGCUUGAUAAACAGUUACCAGGAAUUGUCAUAAGGGGUUAAAUUUCAAAUCUAAACAUUAUAAUAUUAUAUGAAAAGUAAGGUUUACUUUCAAACAUACUGAUUGUAUAACCACAGGUUACACCCUAGUCAUGUGAUCAUUUGUAAUCAUUUAUUGAUUUCCUUUUAUUUACUUUAAUGAUAUAAAACAGGAUUUUAUAACCUUGAUUUUAAAGCAGUACAACAUUCCUUUUGAUGCAUUAUCAUCAUUAUUUGAAUAAUGAGAGGUGGGAAACUUAGCUCUCUUGUACAUGUAUUGUAUUUAUUCUCUCGGUGGGAAACUUAGCUCCACAGGUGCAUUCUUGUACAUGUAUUGUAUUUAUUCUCUCGGUGGGAAACUUAGCUCCACAGGUGCAUUCUUGUACAUGUAUUGUAUUUAUUCUCUCGGUGGGAAACUUAGCUCCACAGGUGCAUUCUUGUACAUGUAUUGUAUUUAUUCUCUCGGUGGGAAACUUAGCUCCACAGGUGCAUUCUCGUACAUGUACAUGUAUUGUAUUUAUUCUCUCCUCCUUCACGAUCUCAGUUGUUCAGACUGAGGUCCUCUGGUAAGAGAUAAUGUGUUCAAUACUCAUCUUCUUUUGUUUAUGUCAGUAACUUUUUUUGUUCUACAGACUUGGGGUAUAUAAUUAUGCACAUUUAUUUUUUAAUAUUGACCAUAAUUACAAUGUGAGAGAUACAUUUUUUUUGUGGGCCUCAAUUACAUAUAUAAUUUAAAAUAUUUCAAUGAUGAUGACCUUUAUGUAAAAAUAAUUCUCUUUCCAUCUUUGGUUUUCAUUGUUGAAAAGUUAAAAUACAAGUUAUUUUACAUUGGAAAUUUCACAAGAUGAAUUGAAUAUGUUUAUUCUAAUUUUACUGCAAGAAUGUUGUUAUAAUAUAUAACUAGAGUACAGACAUGGAAUGCAUGUGUGCACCAUAUCCAAUUUACAAAUUAAUGCACACCUUGCAAACACAUUGGCUUAUAAAAGAAAACCCUUCAUCUCACCAAAUAUAUAGGAAGAAAUUUUAAACCCCAACCACUUGCACAUUAAAGUAUUUAGAAGUGAUGAAGGAUUGAAAUAUAUUUUAUAAUUAUUCAAGAUAUAGCAUGUAUGAUCUAACAAGUAGGAAUCUUGUUUUUGUUGUAAUUUAUAAACAAUUGUUUUGUACAGUUUGUUAUUUGGCUAGAUAGUCUGUUGUUUAUCAUCAUAAACAUUUCAA